GUGAGGCGUAGAGCUCAGCAGUUUGUGUAAAUCGUUUGUCGCGAGCCGAAAGCAGAAAAACAUAAUCAAACCUAAAAUGAAGCCAAUUGCCUUGGUGCUACUCUGCCUGGCUCUGGGCAGCCAGGGCCGUGUGCUGCAGCCGUCAAAGGAGGCGCUCGACAUACCCGUUGCCAUCAUCAAAGAGCCAGAGCCGCAGGCCCUGCCUCUGAUCAGCGCGGAGCAGGAGCAGCCCAUCAAGACGGAGACGCAGACACAGGCGCAGAUCGUGUCGGAGACGCAGACAGAAAGGGAGGCGGAGACCAAGACCCAGCUGCCAGAGCAGCAGCAGCCUGAGCUAGCCAAAGCUGAGGAAGCUAAGCCGGAGCUGGAAUCGAAGCCGGAGCUGGAGUCGAAGCCGGAGCUGGAGUCGAAGCCAAAGCUGGAAUCCCAGCUGGAGCUGGAGUCGAAGCCGGAGCCUGAGCUAAAGACUGAGCUGCCCCUACUUGCCAAGGAGUCGCCGUCGCAGUCGGAGUCGGAGGCGGAGCCUGCACAGCCCAUAUUGAAGUCCCUGCCCGCCGAGGCAAUUGUUGAGGCAAGCGCUGAGCAGGUCGCGCCCGUGGCAGACGCUGUGCCCGCCGAGCAGCAGGCCGUGGAACAGGAUGCAGUGCAGCCGCAUGUGCGCCAGGCCACGCAGGCGACGCCCACGCAGCAGAGCUCAACGCAGCAGAACUUUGUGCAGCAACUGAUACAGAACUCACCCAUUGGCCAGUUCCUCAACCAGUUCAACGGACAGCAGCAACAGUCAGCGCAGCAGGUGCAGGCGGAUCAGACAGCGACGCCAGCGCCGACAGUGCCCGGUUUCUUGAAUCCCGGUGCGGCCAUAACCUCCGCUCAGAAUGCGGUGCAGAAUGCGGCACAAACUGUGGUGAACAGCACCACGCAGGCCUUUCAGGGCAUACAGCAGUUUGCCAGCAAUCUGGGCACCCAGUUCCAGAACACGCUCUCCGGGCUGACGGGCCAGCAGAGCGCACAGCCGACCACAGCACGUCCGCCCGGGCCCAUUCAGUCAUUUGUGAACAAUGUGUUUGGCGGCGGCAACAAUGCAACAGCGUCUGCUGCGGCACCAGCUCAGGGACAACAGGGCGGCGGACCGCUGCAGGGCAUCAUCAAUUUCCUGGGCGGCAAUCGGCCACAGAAUGCACCAGCUGCAGCAUCUUCGGCUGUGGCCGCAGCUGUCACCGAGGCGCCCAUUAAGCAGCCCGGCGUCGAUGACAAGCUGGAGCAGGCCGACGAUGUGGCCGAGCAGCCAGCCGAAUCGGAGAACGAGGUGCGCAACAGCGGCGAGGCCAUCGACGACUCCUUCGAGGAGGCGGUGCCCGCCAACGAGGUGAUUGUGGUCAAUGAUGAUGCCUCCGCCGAUGUGGCAGCCACCAGCAACAAUUCUGUUGAGCAGCAGCCGGAACAGCAGCCCGCUGAUGCAGUUGCUCUCUAAAUCCACACAGACACACCCGCACACUCACACACACCCUCACACACACAAUUUUUGCAUCUCCAUCUGCCACAAAAGGCAGACGCAGAGAAGUCGCAUUGACUGAAGCCAUUUUAUCGCCAUUUUUCGACACACAAACACACAGCAGAGAGAAGAAGAAGGUUCGGCAGAGUUUGAGAGAAAAGCAAAAGCGAAAUACUUUCCAUAGUUGUUUAAGUGCAUGCAACAAAUUAUUUAUUUCAUUUUCGCAGGAAUUUAUUUUUAAUAAAAACAAAACACAAAA